GAGGACUCCGGCAGGAACAUCACUUCUAUCGAAUUCACGCCCUCGGGAGACCUUAUCAGCGGAGGGGGCGAAGGACUCAUCACCGUGUGGGGCGUGGAUGCCGAGGGGGAGUAUUUUAUCAAGAGGGAAUUCCAGGCCCACACCGGACCCAUCAAUUCCCUUCAGAUUUUGAGUGAAGGGACGAUGCUCUCAGGAGGGGACAAAGACCGGAAGAUUAUCGCUUGGGACUGCGAUGAAGAUUUCGAGAAGAUCACAGAGACGAAGCUACCGGAGCAAGCGGGAGGCAUACGCACGCUGUACCCUCAACGACCAGGCUACCACGACGGCAACAUAUACGUAGGAACGACCAAGAACAUGAUUCUGGAAGGGUCUUUGCAGAGGAGGUUCAAUCAGGUUGUAUUCGGACACAGUAAACAGCUGUGGGCCGUGGCAGUGAACCAGCUGGAUGGAACAGUGGCCACAGCUGGUUACGACAAGCAUAUCGUCAAGUGGAGAGAGAACCAGCUGGAAUGGAGGAUUCAGGCCCAGAGUGAGUGUGUGAGCGUGGCGGUUCACCCAAUGGGAACCGUGAUUUCUGCAGGAACGAUAGACGGACAUUUAGUUGUUCUGAACAACAACACGGGGUUACAUGUGGCUACUGUCAGAGUGUGUGGAUCGCCUCUGUCGUGUCUUGCAUAUAAUCCAGGAGGCGAUAUCUUAGCCGUGGGAUCCCAGAACGGGUCUCUGUACCUUUACAAGAGCUCGAAGGACGGUUUUGUUUACAAUCGGUUCGGGAGGAUGACGGGUUCUCAGCCUCUCUCGAGCAUUGACUGGAGCACUUCGGGGCGGUACAUGCAGACGGUCACUUCGGACUAUGAUGUUACCUAUUGGACCGUGAGAGAGCUGUCCAAAGUGAAGAAUUCUUUAGACGUGAGGAAUGAGACAUGGGUUACACAGACGUCUCCGCUCGGCUACAUGGUCCACGGAGUUUGGGGCGGAGGGAAGGAUGCUCAUAUCCAGGUGACGGUCGACAGAGGGCCCAGAGGAGACGUCCUGGCAGCUGGUGACACAGAUGGCUACAUCAGGCUUUAUAGGUACCCCGUGCUAAGUAUGCGCGCCGGCUACCACGAGUACAAAGUCUACACUUCGUAUGUAUCUGGAGUAAGGUUCUCUCACACCGACAACUACCUCUAUACCAUUGGAGGCACAGACGCUGCACUCAUGAGAUGGAGGCUCACAUAGAUACACUUGAUUUAUGUGGUUGUUCUCAUGAGGUGCAGUUCGUUUUUUUGGAGUGACAGAAUCGUUAGAGUGGUAUAACGGACGUCCCUCUUGGCUUACAGGGAUAUAUGUAAUAGUUACCCUUCUAAUAGUCCAUUUUCUAUGAUGCUAAUGAACAUGGUUUUUGAAGGGUAACUAAAAAUAAUGUAUCGGAAAAUAUUUUUUCCCUGGUUUAGAUAAGGAAUAAACAGUUAAAACAUUUUUGAAGACAUGUAACGUAAAGGCAAUCGUUAUAUGUCGUUUCGAGGAGUGGGAAAAAAAUCAACAACCCUUUCAGAGAAUCGGGACUUUGUUAAGCGGACCUAGACACGUGUCUGAGUUGCCAUUUGGUUCAAGUAUUCAUAGAGACAGAAGGUCAAAAGGUUCAUACGAAAAAAAACGCACAUAAAGAACACUGAUAUAAAUAUCAGUUGUUGCCUAUCUACUGUACGGGUUUGUUUACUCUGAGUUGGCAACGGUGUAGCUGGUCUACAACGCCAGAUGCAUAAAACGUCAAUUGCUGGUCGGUUGUGGUUGUUAACAAUAUUAACAACUUUGGCGACUUAUUUCUAGAUGGUGAGUCUAUACGUAUCAUUGAAUGCAUAUGAUUUGGCUUACUAGUCUAAUAGAAUAUAUUUACUAUGAAUUAUACGUUUGUGUAGGCUAUGUGCCUGCCGCUUGUAGGGCAUUUUGUUUCACAUGUGUGUUGGUGUGAGUGCGGGUGUGUCCGUGUGUGUGUGUGUGUGUGUGUG